CUUUUGCACACACUUCGAAAACAUUGAAAAUAGAGAAAAACUAUGUAAAAGCAUCGAUGAAAUGCUGUUUGUAAAUAUACAAAAGUGAGCGUAACGAGCAAUUACACUCGAUGUAGUGUAUAGCAUAGAAAAAAAAAAAAGUAAAAAAAAUAAGAUAAAAAAGAGAAAAAAAAAAAAGAAAGGAAAAUCAAAGUGGUGUUAGCCACAGUGAAAAGGGUCGGAGCGCUAGUGCAUUUUGUGCCAUUUUUUCAGCGCAUCAAUAUAAAGCGAAUUAUAAAAAGGAAAGAGAAGAAUACAAAAUAAAUCGCUAGCGGACGUGAGAAAAUCCAAUUUUUCCAAUUUCCAUUGUGGAUUUCGUACGAAAGGAAAGCUUUUUAGCGCGUAAAUCCACUUUUUUACAUAUUUUCUUUUUCUUCCUUAUCGUCAUUAAUAAAUUGUAAGGUAAAAUUGGAAAUAUUUUUUCAACUGCGCGAACGAUUCACGAACUUUGAGGUAAUGCUUGGUGGCAGUUCUGAUCGUUUAUGCACACCAAGCACAUCGGCUGGUCCGUUUCGAAUAUUUUCUGUAGCUGGCUUUCAAAAUCGAGCCAAUGAUAUUGUCUAUUGCCCACCAAUCAUCAGACAACCAACGCAAAAUGUUGAAGAUUCAACAGCUGUUGUUUAUUUCGGCGGUGAUGUUCAGGAUUUUCCGGAAAGCAUGGAAACAAAUCGCGAUAGUCGCGGUUACAUGAAAUAUAAUUUAGAGAAUUCAGCCAUACUCUUGCGUGAAGCAUUUCCAAGGUCUCAUAUUAUAGUUGUUCGUCCAGUAAGAAUGGAAUUCAAGACGUUUAGUUGUUUUGAUAAUUUUGUACGCGGCAAUAACGCGGGUGUGCCAGAUCACACGCCUAUGAAUCAUGCAUUGCAGCAUUUGGAAAAAUUACUGCAAAAUUUAUCGCAACGGUUAAUAUCGAUACCCGAGAAUGAGAUAUUGCAUCAAGCCGCUCAAGCGGCUGCCGCCGCUGCCGCUGUGGCUGCGGCCGCGGCUGCUGCUGCCCUGGUUUCGUCAACUCUAACAAACGCUAGUACAGAUACUUCCUCCACGUCUUCUACGAAUACUUGUGAUAGUAAUCAAGAAAUGGAUAUAGAUAUAUUACAAGUUCAGGAAAAUGUAACAGUUGACGCUGAUGGCGCUGUUGUCUUUUCACCGGCUUCAACAGGUGGCAAUAGAGGUUCGAAUAGUGAAUCCGUUCAAUCGUCGACUGAUGCUGAUGCUUUAGUUGCUGCGCAAGCAACAGCCACCACCGCUGCUGCAACCAAUGCAGGUCAACAACAAAAUGUUACUCAGCCAAACAAUGAUAAUAUACAACAUUUUAAUAGUACUAACAAUGAGCCUUUAACAGCACAGUCUCAGCAAGUGCAACAACAAUCAUCAUCAUCAUCAUCGUCAUCAUCAUCAUCAUCUGCCAUAGCGAAUAAUCAUCACCAGCAAUGCAAUCAAACGAACAAUAAUCCUUUGUGGUGGCGUGAAAAUCUAAACUUGGACAAAUCCAAAUUAAUAUUGAUUGGUUUCAGCAAGGGUUGUGUCGUUCUCAAUCAAUUUAUUUAUGAGUUUCAUUACUUGAAAACUUUGACACCCGAUGACAGUACAAUGAUACGUUUAUUGUCACGUAUAAAAGACAUGUACUGGCUGGAUGGCGGUCAUGGCGGCCAGAAAAACACAUGGAUAACAUCGAGAAGUCUGUUGGAGACUUUAACUAGAAUAGGUAUGAAUAUUCAUGUUCAUUUAACACCGUAUCAAGUGCAAGAUGAUCGUCGUCCUUGGAUACGUAAAGAAGAAAAGAUUUUUACUGAUCUUUUAAGACGUUUAGGUGCUAAUAUAACGCGUCAUUUACAUUAUGACAGUCAAACGGCCAAUUUAAUGACACAUUUUGAGGUCUUGCAGGCCUUCUGUCAGCAUAUACAUAAUCAAAAUCAACAGCAACAACAACAGCAGCAGCAACCGCAAUCAACAGGACAGCAAUCACAGCAAACGCAGCAGCAGCAGCAGCAACAGCAACAGCAGCAACAGCAGCAACACCAAACAAGUCAAAGCUCCUCUUCGCCAGCGCAGAAUGCACAGAAUAACGAAAAACAUCAACAGACAGCAAUAGUACGCGAAGAAAAGUGACAUCAUCACCAUCAUCAUCAUCAUAGGAAACGUUCCAAUCAUCAUCAUCACCAUCAUCAUCAUCAUAAUUUUCAU